GUCCCUAAGCAGGUGCGCUCUUGUCGUCACUGCUUAGUAACAACUGACUGCGGGGAAAAGAUUCACUCCACUGUGGCCUCUUAAAAGCUUUUGUUGUUCUCUUCGUUUAGGACGACAGGGCUAAUUUGGAAGUAAAGUGAGCUGUUAGUGACAAGCCAAGGAAGGGGAGGUGGCGGUCGAGGUGGAAAAUGGGCAAGGAAAAGCAGGCAAAUCCGGAAUCUCAGUAUGGUGAACCUGUCGAGUAUGACCCAUCCUUUGAUGGACCCAUAAAGAAGAGAGGGUGCACUGACAUAAUUUGCUGCGUGGUGUUUAUGACGGUCCUCCUCGGCUACAUCGCAGUCGGGAUUGUAGCAUGGCUUUACGGAGAUCCCCGCCAAGUUCUCUAUCCCAAAAACUCAACUGGAUGGUUCUGUGGCACCGGACCAAAUAUAAACCGACCUGCACUCUUCUACUUGGACAUUGUCAAAUGUGCGACGGGUUUUAACGUGAUGGCAGCAGCUCUCAAUGGGUUUCAGUGUCCAACCACGCAGAUAUGUGUGGAAAAGUGCCCGACUGACUUCACUGCCGUGAGUCCGCUUGACUACGCUCCAAACGUAAAGCCCACAAAUGUUUUCAAGCAAAGCCUCUGUGCGCCAUCUUUAAACCUGUCACACACUGACAUGACUGUCAAAGAGAUCGUGGAAAAAGAGCUGUGUCCUUUCUAUACUAUUCCCACAACCUCUGUUAUUGGACGAUGUUUGCCCGACGUCAGCCUUCUUGGGAAUAUGCCACCGGAUUUUUCCAACAAUCCAGGCUUGCCACCAUCUGUCAGCGAAACGGCCAACCUCCUCAUGAACGGCACUGGGGACAUUUUGAACGGCUUGAGUGCCAGGGACAUCGGCGUCAGGAUCUUUGAGGAUUUUGCGUCAUCGUGGCCCUGGAUCCUUACUGGUCUGGCAAUCGCCAUGGUGCUCAGUAUGUUGUUCCUGCUGCUGCUGAGAUUCAUCGCUGGCGUUGUGGUGUGGCUCCUUAUCGUCGCCGUCCUGUGCACCGGGGCUUUUGGGAUUUGGCACUGCUACUGGCAGUACGCUAAUUACAAGAGUCUCUCCGCCUCCAUUACCGACAUUGGAUUCACCACCAACGUUAGUUUUUACCUAAAAGUGCAAGAGACCUGGUUAGCUUUCUUGAUCAUCCUCUGCGUGGUGGAAGCCAUCCUGAUCUUAAUCCUCAUCUUCCUGCGAAACAGAAUCCUCAUCGCCAUCGCACUCAUCCGAGAGGCCAGCAAGGCCGUCGGUCAAAUGAUGAGCACCCUCUUCUACCCUCUGUUGACAUUUGUUCUCCUCUUGGUCUGUGUGGCCUACUGGGCUAGCACUGCGUUGUAUUUGGCCACCUCAGGAGGGGCCAUCUACAAAGUGGUGGCUCUCAACUCAAGUAUGAGUGAGUGUCGGCGCAUCAACGGCACCGUGGACUGCAACCCUCAGACCUUCAAGGCAUCCGAUUACCCGACCUGCCCCUCCGCUGCAUGCAUCUUUGUCAAAUACAACACGGAGGGCCUCCUCCAGAGGAACCUGUUCAACCUUCAAAUCUACAACGUGUUGGCUUUUCUCUGGUGUGUCAAUUUUGUCAUCGCGCUGGGCCAGUGCACGCUAGCCGGCGCCUUUGCCGCCUACUACUGGGCUUUCAACAAACCGGACGACAUCCCCAUGGCCCCCCUGUCCAGUGCCUUUGUGCGCACACUAAGGUACCAUGUGGGCUCAUUGGCAUUCGGUGCUUUGAUCCUGACCUUAGUGCAGGCUGUGAGGAUCCUCCUGGAAUACAUUGACCACAAAACCAGGACGGCACAAAACGCGUGUGCACGUUUCAUACUGUGCUGCAUGAAGUGCUGCCUCUGGUGCCUCGAGAAGUUCAUUAAGUUUCUCAAUCGGAACGCAUACAUCAUGAUUGCUGUUUAUGGGAAAAACUUCUGUACUUCAGCCAAGAAAGCUUUCUCGCUGAUCAUGAGAAACAUAAUAAGAACUGUAAUACUGGAUAAAGUGACCGACCUGUUGCUGUUCUUUGGGGAGCUCCUAGUAGUGGGUGGAGUGGGCGUGUUGUCCUUUUAUUUCUUCUCCGGCCGAAUUCCUCUACCACACAGCGCGGCGCAGUCGGAGACGCUCAACUAUUACUGGACGCCAAUCAUUACAGUUGUGAUUGGCAGCUACCUCAUCGCUCACGGAUUCUUCAGCGUGUACAGCAUGUGUGUCGACACGCUCUUCCUCUGCUUCUUGGAGGACUUGGAACGCAAUGACGGCUCUCUGGAGAAGCCGUACUUCAUGUCCAAAAACCUCAUGAAAGUUCUGAACAAAAGCAACAAGAUGCCCAAAAAAAAGAAGUGAUCUUGUUAUCACGGCGCCAAUGAGGAUAAGUAAUGAUUCCAGACUGUUCUGCUAUCAUGUUUACCAAAAAAAACCAAAAUGCUGAUUUUGCACGUUUGAAUUAUUUUUCAAAGCUUCAAUAUUAAUGUUUGGGACUGUAUCGUACGUAGGAAAAGACUGAGCCUGUUGAUGUGAGUUUUCUUGAGUGACUGCAUCUUUUGUUCACGCAAGUUGGCUCAGAAAAAUUAUUUUGUUAUCCCUAUAAAUAUUUUACCUGCUGCAAAUAUUACAUAGAGGACCUCAACGUGUUUUCUUUGUAUGAAAAUGUAUUUUUUAGACGUUUAUGCACUUGACCAUCUAACUAUUGUAAUUUUGUCAUUAAAAAAAUAGUUGGUGU